AUGACCCCCAGUCACGCUGGCGCCCUUCCUGUUGUACACUGGGACGCCACCGUUUAUGGACGUCCCCUCAUCUUGCCGGCGCUCUGGGGUCGCAUCCGGCCCCAUGGCGCCAAUAAGUGGGCGUACUUGUGGUCCAAUACGGCCCCGCAAAUCCGACCCUGCUAUCGCCCACCCUCCAUCGAUCGACCCGCCCCCACGCCCAUUCACCGACGAACCAACCAGCCCAAGAACUCCGCCAUGCAGCAAGCAGAAUCAGAAUACACCCUUGAAGGUGAUUUGUACUUCUGUAACGUGUGCCCCCGAGCCAGAGGUGCGAAGUCUUGGAAGGUGCACGCCCGGAAGCCUGCCCACCAAACCAACCUCCGGCGCCGCGACGAGUUGAGGCAACGGACCGCACCCGCACCUCCCCAGCCGGCUUCGGACGCUGCAUACGAGCAGCGUGUUUGGGCACGGCUGACCGCUUUGAUGUCGCUGAACAACGGCCUCCCCGGCCCAGACAACAAUCCGAGGUCUUUAGAUGCCGACAUCGUGGCCUUACAUGCACGCGACCGUGCUCUGCCGCCCAGCGCUUCGGAGCAACCUGAUGAUGCACCAAACAUUGGACAUCAGACUGCACAGGGUUCAAGUUGGCCUGGCAUAAUUGCAACAGAGGCCACUGCCAUCGUAGCCAACAAGGACAAUCCGAUGGGUGGACAAGACACACCUGAGGCACCCGAGCCCCCCAUUAUUCGUAUUGACAAGAGAUCUGACCGCGUGGACAUGAGCGCAUGGUACCCAUUCAAAAACAAGAUGGCGUGA